CUCGUUUUCGUGUGUUUUUGAUACCCCACCGCGAAUUCCUUCUUUUUCCUUUUUUUUCUCUCGCUGGAGCUUCGUCUUCGAGCUCUCUCUUUCUCUCCGGAAACCCUCGAUUCCGAUCGGAGGAGAAGAAGGGAAAGCUCGAGGCCCCCUUCUGCUUCUUCAGCGGCUGGGUUUUUGGUGGAUUUCGCCCAAUUUUUUGUUCAGGUGGGACAACAAAUUUGAAAAUCCAAGAUACAAGAAAUGGGUUGCUGCGUGUCAUCCAGAAGGGCUGAGAUGGAUAGGACGCCAAUUUACUUAUAUUGUCCUCCUACGUCAGAACCUGUAUCUUCUGCCAAUGUCACAUCUUCUGUCUCUACUGGACUUCUUGUUAAUACAAAUUUGGAUACAUCAAUUCCUGACACUUACCGAGCACCUCCUUCUCCACUGCCUUAUGAUGUGGAUUUGGCAUGCCCGCGAACUUUGCUCGCAAGUUUUGAGAAUUGUGGCAACAAGCCUGAUCAUAUGCAACCGGCAGAUUUACUGCCUCCAAGAGAGCCUGUCUGUGGUGAUGUAUCUGAAGGUUCAGAUAUAUCCAAGAGUUUGAAAGGGUCUGACUGCAAGAGUGGAACUGAUGAUGGCUGUGCUACUGUCAAGGUGAUCGAGGAUGAACCAUCAAAAUUUUGUGACCCUGUUUCUUUGGAAGUGAAUGAGGAGGAGGAUGAUUGUCCCAUUUGUCUUGAAGAAUACAAUUUUGAGAAUCCUCAGACAAUCACAAAAUGUGAACACCAUUUUCAUCUGGCAUGCAUUCUUGAAUGGAUGGAGAGAAGUGAUACUUGCCCUGUAUGCGACAAGAUAACAAUGCUCGACCAAGCUUUUUUUGAGUAGAACCAAAAAGUGACAGAAAUUUACAUCCUGAUGAAAUCUUGCGAUGAUUUAGUAACCAAGCAUGUUUCUAGUAGUUCUAUGCUGCCGCGGCAUUUGAUCGAUACUGUCGAAAAAAACUGGUAGUGCUCUUUUUUUCUUCUUGAUAUUUCUUUCAUAGUCAGAGAAUAGAAAAGAAAGGUCAGAGAUUGCUUAGAAAAAUUUAAACAGAAAAGAAAAGAGAAGUAUUGUAGGCUUGUAGCCUUCUUUGUAUAGCUAUUGAUCUCUACUCAAUGUGAACUGUUAUCUUGUCUUUUUAGGCAUAUUGAAUGAUGUUCUCUGAACAUAUAAAUAUUUCAUUAUCAUUA